AAAAGUGGGAUUUUUGGAGAUCCUGGAUUUCUGAGAAAAUUUUUUCUAAGAGAUUAAAGUUAAGUUGAAAUUUUUUGAAUAAUAUAUAUACACACAUCGAAGUCAGUGAUGUACGAAUCUAUCCUUCGAUUUAUUGUAGUUACUAGGGUUCACGAGAAAGAACAAAAACAAGUUUGUCUCUAAACUUUUUGCCUCCACUUUAUGUGUAAAAAAAAUUAAAGAAAAUUUGUAACGGUGGUGUAGAACUUUAAGCAGAAAUGAAUGAUCAUCAAUGUAUCCAUGAUAUUAACUUAUUAAUUUGUUUUCUAGUUUUAGAUUUGUUGCUUGGAAAUCAUGGUCCGUUUUGCACAAAAAUUUGCCCUGUUCAUUGCCAUAACUGGUAGUCUCUUUGGCUAUUUGUAUCAUAUACCACAUAGUGAAGGAAUCGACGAAUUGGGUAAAGUUCGUUUUAUGAGUGCGCCGAUGAAAAUAAUUGAUCUUGUUGGGACAGUGAGUGAAGCGUUCGGUAUAACGACAAAGGUUAAUAUAUUAAAAAGUUGUACUAAGAUAUUGAAACGAGCAACAAGGAGAAAUAUGAAUGCACAGACGGAAGAUACGGAAAUUAAUAAUGUACCAGUGAGAAUUUAUCGUUCAAAACAAAUAGAUGACAAAGAAAAAUCAUUACAUCCGGCGAUUAUCUAUUAUCACGGCGGUGGAUUCUACAUGGGAUCACUGGAAACUCACAAUGAUAUUACAAAGACGCUAGCUAAAUUGACAGGCUUUAUUGUUAUAUCUGUUGAUUAUCGUCUUGCACCAGAACAUCCGUUUCCUACGGGUCUAGAUGAUUGUUAUCAGGUAACAAAGUAUUUGUUUGAUCAUGGAAAGAAAUUUCAAAUAGAUCACGAACGAAUUGUACUUGCUGGCGACUCAGCUGGUAAGUAACGUGACACUGGUGCUCUUUGUAUCGGUACAGUCUGUGGCUCUAAUUGAUACGAUAAAUUGGAUGUUCAUCUACCAUUUUAAUCGUUCGUCUAUUCCCGAUAAGAAACUGAUGUAUGGGACAUUUUAAGGUCGGUUCUCUGUAAUAAUGAGAAUAAAAGGAAGGGAAUGAUGUAAACAUAAGAUCAUUUUUUGAUUAAUCAUAUCUUCUUAACGAAGUAAAAUUAACCCUUUCUUGUCCUAUCGCACCUGUAUAUUAUAAAAAUUUAGUUCACUUGAACUAUUAGACAUUUAGAAACAGAUUUUAUAUAAUUUGUUUGGAAAAAGUUCUUUUUUCAGGUCAAAACAGGCCAAAAACUGAAAAAAACCGAAGGUUCAAAACAGAGAGCUUUUGAAAGAAAAGAGUCUGUAGUUUUUAACGAAAGAAGAGAG